UCAACUUUACACCUGCCCCCUCCCUUGCUGAGGGCGCCCCUGUACAACAGUAGACUGGGGGGUUCUGCAGCUUUCGCUGGAGGGAAGCGCAUCAGUGGCGGCUCCGUUCCUUUGCAUGCGGAAGAAGGAGCUGGUUUCAGCUGCCGGCAGGGAAGGAGCCGCCCCCCCCGGAAAAACUCCGGUGCCUAAAGCUUGCCCAAUUUGCCCCCCUCCGCUCCGGCCUCGCCUGCUCCCACCCCCCUUCCGGCGGGGCGGCUCUUCUUCGUAGCUCUAUGGGCAGACGCAUUCGGAAAGGAAGCCGGAGGGGAGGGGAAAGGAGCCCCUCCCCCCGAGGGGGCGCCUCCUUGGAGACCCCCGAGAAAGGAAAUCGGAAUAGCAGAGCGAGCGAUGGAAGUGGAGGGACAGAGAGGACAAAGAGAAAACAAAUAGGAUUUUCUCCCUACCCCACCCCAUCAAAAGAAGACAAUGGAGAAGGCAAUCAGAAUUCUGGUGGGCGAUGUCCAAUAGGAUUAACAAAGAAACCAUUUAAAUGUAUGGAGUGUGAAAGGAGAGAGGAGAAAUAAUUUGAAAGUAUGGAGUGUGGGAAGAGCUUCAGUAGCAGUGGAACACCAAGAAAACAUCAACAGACUCACACAGGGGAGAAACCAUUUAAAUGCAUGGAGUGUGGAAAGAGCUUCAUUGAUAGAGGAACACUUCGAAUACAUCAUCAAAUUCACACAGGGGGGAAACCAUUUAAAUGUAUGGAGUGCGGAAAAAGCUUCACUGAUAAUCGAGUACUCAGAAGUCAUCAACAGACUCACGUGGGGGGGAAACCAUUUAAAUGUAUGGAGUGUGGAAGGAGCUACAUUGACAGUGGAACACUAAGAAAACAUCAACGGACUCACACGGGUGAGAAACCAUUUAAAUGUAUGGAGUGCGGAAAGAGUUUCACUUAUAGUGGAACGCUAAGAAGACAUCAAUGGAUUCACAAGGAGGAGAAACCAUUUAAAUGCAUGGAGUGUGGGAAGAGCUUCACUGAGGGUGGAAAACUUAGAAUUCAUCAAUGGAUUCACACUGGGGAGAAACCAUUUAAAUGCAUGGAAUGUGGAAAGAGCUUCACUGGAAGUGGAAAAUUUAUAAUUCAUCAACGCACUCACACUGGUGAGAAACCAUUUAAAUGUAUGGAAUGUGGAAAGAACUUCAUUGAUAGUGGAAACCUUAGAAUUCAUCAACGCACUCACACGGGGGAGAAACCAUUUAAAUGCACGGAAUGUGGAAAGAGCUUCAGUGACAGUGGAAAAUUUAGAAGACAUCAACGGACUCACACGGGGGAGAAACCAUUUAAAUGCAUGGAGUGUGGAAAGAACUUCAUUGAUAGUGGCACAUUAAGAAAACAUCAACGGACACACAUGGGGGAGAAACCAUUUAAAUGCAUGGAAUGUGGAAAAAGUUUCAGUGACAAUGGAAAACUUAGAAUUCAUCAGCGGACACACACAGGGGAGAAACCAUUUAAAUGCAUGGAAUGUGGAAAGAGCUUCCGUCACAAUGGAACCCUUAGAAUUCAUCAACGGACUCACACGGGGGAGAAACCAUUUAAAUGCAUGGACUGUGGUAAGAGCUUCAUUAACAGUGGAACACUAAGAAAGCAUCAACGGACCCAUACAGGGGAGAAACCAUUUAAAUGCAUGGAGUGUGGGAAGAGCUUCACUGAUAGUGGAACACUUAGAAUUCAUCAACGGACUCAUACAGGUGAAAAACCAUUUCAAUGCAUGGAGUGUGGAAAGAGCUUCACUGAUAGUGGAACACUUAGAAUUCAUCAACGGACUCAUACAGGUGAGAAACCAUUUCAAUGCAUGGAGUGUGGAAAGAGCUUCAGUCGGAGUGGACUCCUUACAAACCAUCAUCAUAUUCACACGGGAGAGAAACCAUUUAAAUGCAUGGAGUGUGGAAAGAGCUUCAGUCGGAGUGGCCACCUUACAAACCAUCAUCUUAUUCACACGGGGGAGAAACCAUUUAAAUGCAUGGAGUGUGGAAAGAGCUUCACUGAGAGUGGACACCUUAGAAACCAUCAUCUGAUUCACACGGGGGAGAAAGCAUUUAAAUGUAUGGAGUGUAUGACUAGUGGAACACUUAGAAUUCAUCAACGGACUCAUACAGGGGAGAAACCAUUUAAAUGCAUGGAGUGUGGAAAGAGCUUCAGUCAGAGUGGACACCUUAGAGUUCAUCAACGGACUCACACAGGGGAGAAACCAUUUAAAUGUAUGGAGUGUGGAAAGAGCUUCAGUCAGAGUGGAGACCUUAGAGUUCAUCAACGGAGUCACACGGGGGAGAAACCAUUUAAAUGCAUGGAAUGUGGAAAGAGCUUCAUUACUAGCGGAAGCCUUAGAAUUCAUCAACGGAGUCACACAGGGGAGAAACCAUUUCAAUGCAUGGAAUGUGGAAAGAGAUUCACUGAGAGUGGAUGCCUGAAUGCACAUCAUCAAACUCACACAGGGGAGAAACCAUUUCAAUGCAUGGAAUGUGGAAAGAGAUUCACUGAGAGUGGAAAACUUAGAAUUCAUCAACGGAGGCACACAGGAGAGAAACCAUUUAAAUGCAUGGAGUGUGGAAAGAGCUUCAGUCAGAGUGGAUCCCUGAAUGCACAUCAUCAAACUCACACAGGGGAGAAACCAUUUCAAUGCAUGGAAUGUGGAAGGAGCUUCACUACUAGUGGAAACCUUAGAAUUCAUCUACGGACUCACACAGGCGAGAAACCAUUUAAUUGCAUGGAGUGUGGAAAGAGCUUCACUACUAGCAGAAGCCUUAGAAUUCAUCAACGGACUCACACAGGGGAGAAACCAUUUAAAUGUAUGGAGUGUGGAAAGAGCUUCACUACUAGUGAAAACCUUAGAAUUCAUCAACGGAUUCACACGGGGGAGAAACCAUUUAAAUGCAUUGAGUGUGGAAAGAGCUUCACUACUAGUGGAAACCUUAGAAUUCAUCAACGGAUUCACACGGGGGAGAAACCAUUUAAAUGCAUGGAGUGUGGAAAGAGCUUCAGGCGAAGUGAGCACCUUAGAAUUCAUCAACGGACUCACACAGGAGAGAAACCAUUUAAAUGCAUGGAGUGUGGAAAGAGCUUCAAUCGAAAUUCAAACCUUCGUAUACAUAAACACACGCACACGGGGGAGAAACCAUAUGAAUGUAAGGAGUGUGGAAAGAGCUUCAGUCAGAUUGGACACCUUAGAAACCAUCAACGAACCCACACAGGAGAAAAACCAUAUAAAUGUAUGGAGUGUGGAAAGAGCUUCACCGAUAGUGGAACAUUUAGAAAACAUCAACAGACACACACGGGCGAAAAACCAUUCAAAUGCAUGGAAUGUGUAAAGAGCUUCAGUCAAAGUAGACACCUUAGAAUCCAUCAACGGAUUCACACAGGGGAGAAACCAUUUAAAUGUUUGGAGUGUGGAAAGAAUUUCAGUACAAAGAGAGGACUGAAUAUUCAUCAUAAAACUCACACUGGGGAAAAACCAUUUAAAUGUAUGCUGUGUGAGAAGAGCUUCACUGUUAGUAGAACACUUAGAAACCAUCAUCGAACUCACACAGGGGAAAAACCAUAUAAAUGUAUGGAUUGUGGAAAGAGAUUCAGUCACAGUGAAACACUAAGAAAACAUAAACUGACUCACACAGGGGAGAAACCAUUUAAAUGCAUGGAAUGUGGAAAGAGCUUUAUUGAUGGUACAGCACUUAGUAUCCAUCAUCAAACUCACACAGGGGAGAAACCAUUUGAAUGUAUGGAUUGUGGAAAAAGCUUCACUACUAGCCAUAGCCUUAGAAUCCAUCAACGGACUCACACAGGGGAGAAACCAUUUAAUUGCAUGGAUUGCGGUAAGAACUUCCUUGAUCGUGGAACACUUAGAAUCCAUCAACGGACUCACACAGGGGAAAAACCAUUUGAAUGUAAGGAGUGUGGAAAGAGCUUCACUUCUAAUAGAGCAGUAAGAAGGCAUCAAUGGACUCACUCAGGGGAAAAACCAUUUAAAUGCAUGGAAUGUGGAAAGAGUUUUAUUGAGAGAAGAGACCUGAGAACCCAUCAUCGAACUCACACUGGGGAGAAACCAUUUAAAUGCACCGAGUGUGGAAAGAGCUUCAAUCGCAGUGGAACACUUAGAAAACAUCAACGGACUCACACAGGGGAGAAACCAUUUAAAUGCAUGGAAUGUGGAAAGAGCUUUAUUGAUGGUACAGCACUUAGUAUCCAUCAUCAAACUCACAUAGGGGAGAAACCAUUUAAAUGUAAGGAGUGUGGAAAGGGCUUCACCAAUGUUGGAAAUGUUAGAAGACAUCAACGGACUCACACAGGGGAGAAACCAUUUAAAUCAAAGCCCAAGUUCAAACACCAACCCCUAUUUAAAAGAGGCCCCCGUAAUGACGACACUGGACUGCCCUUUACGGUUGCCAAUUUUCUCCCCACCCCAUCGAAAGAAGACAAUGGAGAAGGCAGUCAGAAUUCUGGUGGGCCAUGUCCAAUGGGAAUAACAAAGAAACCAUUUAAAUACAUGGAGUGUGGAAAGAGAGAACAUAAACAAUUUGAAAGUAAGGAGUGUGGAAGGAGCUUCACUGACAGUGGAAAACUUAGAAAACAUCAAUGGACUCACACAGGGGAGAAACCAUUUAAAUGCAUGGAGUGUGGAAAGAACUUCGCUAAGAGUGGAGACCUUAGAAUUCAUCAACGGACUCACACAGGGGAGAAACCAUUUAAAUGCAUGGAGUGUGGAAAGAGCUUCAGUCAGAGUGGAGACCUUAGAAAACAUCAACGAACUCACACAGGGGAGACACCAUUUAAAUGCAUGGAGUGUGGAAAGAGCUUCAGUCAGAGUGGAAACCUUAGAAUUCAUCAACGGACUCACACAGGGGAGAAACCAUUUAAAUGCAUGGAGUGUGGAAAGAGCUUCAGUCAGAGUGGAGACCUUAGAAUUCAUCAACGGACUCACACAGGGGAGAAACCAUUUAAAUGCAUGGAGUGUGGAAAGAGCUUCAGUCAGAGUGGAGAACUUAGAAUUCAUCAACGGAGUCACACGGGGGAGAAAUCAUUUAAAUGCAUGGAGUGUGGAAAGAGCUUCAGUCAGAGUGGAAACCUUAGAAUUCAUCAACGGACUCACACAGGGGAGAAACCAUUUAAUUGCAUGGAGUGUGGAAAGAGCUUCAGUCAGAGUGGAGACCUUAGAAUUCAUCAACGGAGUCACACGGGGGAGAAACCUUUUAAAUGUAUGGAGUGUGGAAAGAGCUUCAGUGGGAGUGGAAACCUUAGAAUUCAUCAACGGAGUCACACUGGGGAGAAAGCUUUUAAAUGUAUAGAGUGUGGAAAGAGCUUCAGUAGGAGUGGACACCUUAGAAUUCAUCAACAGACUCACACAGGGGAGAAACCAUUUAAAUGCAUGGAGUGUGGAAAGAGCUUCAGUCAGAGUGGAGACCUUAGAAAACAUCAACGAACUCACACAGGGGAGACACCAUUUAAAUGCAUGGAGUGUGGAAAGAGCUUCAGUCAGAGUGGAAACCUUAGAAUUCAUCAACGGACUCACACAGGGGAGAAACCAUUUAAUUGCAUGGAGUGUGGAAAGAGCUUCAGUCAGAGUGGAGACCUUAGAAUUCAUCAACGGAGUCACACGGGGGAGAAACCUUUUAAAUGUAUGGAGUGUGGAAAGAGCUUCAGUGGGAGUGGAAACCUUAGAAUUCAUCAACGGAGUCACACUGGGGAGAAAGCUUUUAAAUGUAUAGAGUGUGGAAAGAGCUUCAGUGGGAGUGGAGACCUUAGAAUUCAUCAACGGACUCACACAGGGGAGAAACCAUUUAAAUGCAUGGAGUGUGGAAAGAGCUUCAGUCAGAGUGGAAACCUUAGAAUUCAUCAACGUAGUCACACUGGGGAGAAACCAUUUGAAUGCAUGGAGUGUGGAAAGAGCUUCAGUGGGAGUGGACACCUUAGAAUUCAUCAACGGACUCACACAUGGAAGACACCAUUUAAAUGCAUGCAAUGUGGAAAGACCUUCAGUCAGAGUGGACAACUUAGAAUUCAUCAACGGUGUCACACUGGGGAGAAACCAUUUAAAUGUAUGGAGUGUGGAAAGAGCUUCAGUACAAGUGGAGUUCUUACAAAACAUCAACAAACUCAUACAGGGGAGAAACCAUAUAAGUCCCAGGGAAGUGGACAAAGGUGCAGUUGUAGUGGAAGUCUUACAGACCAUCAAAAGACUCCCAGGGGUAAGAGUUGUAAGAGUGGAAACACCUCCAGGCCAUGAAUUAAAGAAGAGAAAGGGUUUAACAAGGAGGAGUGUGGAUCCUGCUUUGGUUAUUAUGCAACGCUUUUUAGAGAGUAGAACCUUUUUCUCUCCGAGUCGACACUUUCUUUCACAUCAAUAACAGGAAAUCAGUCUUAAUUCCAUGCAGCGUAUGUUAGCUUCUGUUGUUUGUAACGUGGUCUAGACAUUUAUUUAAAGUAAUGAAGGUCACAUUUCACAAGA